AUGUCGACUUCAACACCGGAAGAGCUGCUCAAGAACGCAGAGAAGAAAGCCUCUGCGUCCGGAGGCUGGUUCUCCUCCGCCACAGCCAAACAAGAGGAGGCCGUCGAACUCUUCAAAGCCGCCGCGAACAAGUUCCGCAUCGCCAACCGCUUCGAAGAGGCGGGGAACGCCUACAUGCGAGCCGCCGAAACCGAAAUCAAGACGGGCGAAAAGGACUAUGCUGCCAACACGUUCUUCGAGGCGAACAAGUGUUUCCGCAUGAGUCGGCCUGAGCUGGCAGUGGUCGCGCUGACGCGGGCACGAGAGAUUCUGAUCGAGAGAGGACGGUUCAGGCAGGCUGCGGACCGGGAGAAGGCGGUGGCAGAGCUGUAUAAGAACGAUGCAGCUGACCCGGAGCGCGCGUUGGAGGCGUACGAGCAGGCCGCGGCAUGGUACCUUCAAGAGGGGGCGAAUGCGACCGCCAGUGGAUGCUACAGGGAAGCUGCUCAGCUGGCGACGGAUCUGGCCCGAUACCCGCAAGCCAUCGAGAGGUGGGAACAAGUCGCCAGCAUGUCGUUGGAAAGCAACCUGACCAGAUACAGCGUCAAGGACUACUACCUCAACGCAGGCAUGUGCUACCUCGCCAUCCCCGACUACGUUGCAGCCGUGCGAGCGAUGCAGUUCUACGCAGAACAGGACGCCAGCUUCCCCACCACCAUGGAAGGCCGCUUCCUCCACUCGCUCGUCCAGGCAUGCGAAGAGGGCGACCUGCAAGCCUUCGACGCGCGCGUGCAAGAGUACGACCGAACCAAGAAGAUCCAGGGCUGGCAAGCCUCGCUCCUACGCGCCGUCCGAAAGGGCGUCCAAGACGAACCGGAUCUCUCCUAA